UCCUAUAUGUUCUCUCUGUACAUAUUACUCCAUUCAUUAUUACACUGUUGUAUUUUCCUCAAUGUGGAACAACUGGUCUAUCUGAACCUGGAAUCCUAUAUGUUCUCUCUGUAAAUAUUACUUCAUUCAUUAUUACACUGUUGUAUUUUCCUCAAUGUGGAACAACUGGUCUAUCUGAACCUGGAAUCCUAUAUGUUCUCUCUGUACAUAUUACUCCAUUCAUUAUUCCACUGUUGUAUUUUCCUCAAUGUGGAACAAAUGGUCUAUCUGAACCUGGAAUCCUAUAUGUUCUCUCUGUAUAUAUUACUCCAUUCAUAAUUAGACAGUUGUAUUUUCCUCAAUGUGGAACAACUGGUCUAUCUGAACCUGGAAUCCUAUAUGUUCUCUCUGUACAUAUUACUCCAUUCAUUAUUCCACUGUUGUAUUUUCCUCAAUGUGGAACAAAUGGUCUAUCUGAACCUGGAAUCCUAUAUGUUCUCUCUGUAUAUAUUACUCCAUUCAUUAUUACACUGUUGUAUUUUCCUCAAUGUGGAACAACUGGUCUAUCUGAACCUGGAAUCCUAUAUGUUCUCUCUGUAUAUAUUACUCCAUUCAUAAUUAGACAGUUGUAUUUUCCUCAAUGUGGAACAACUGGUCUAUCUGAACCUGGAAUCCUAUAUGUUCUCUCUGUAUAUAUUACUCCAUUCAUAAUUAGACAGUUGUAUUUUCCUCAAUGUGGAACAACUGGUCUAUCUGAACCUGGAAUCCUAUAUGUUCUCUCUGUAUGUGUUUCCUACAGUUAGAUUUCAAAGCAGAGGCAUGUGGACAGUAGGCACACUUAUAGGGCUUCACACCUGGGUGGCUAUGCUGGAGACGGAUGUGCUGCUUUAAAUACUGUUGAGUCUGAAAGUAAAGUACAUGACAUGAUAUCACCUUUGAAAUAGCCCCAAAGCCAAAUUCUGGCGGUUUCUAUUGAGUGAUUUCAGUAUAAGUUGGCAUUUGGAGUAUGUUUUGUUA